CUUGCCACUUGAGUGUUCCUUUGUUCCAUCCCACCUUCUCAUCAUCCCGGAAACCAUCUCUUCCCUGAUCCAUUCAUGUCCACUCAGGUGAUUCCUGCAGCUGUGACGUCUCCAUCUGAAGGAGAAAAGCCUACAUCUGAAGAACCACCUCAACCGCGACCGUCAUCUAAGGCUAUUUUACGUAAAGCUCUUGCAUUAGCCAACGAUGCCGUCCUGAGCGAUACUGCCAACAAUGUCGAUGGUGCGGUUGAAGCUUACUCUGAAGCUGUACGUCUAUUGGACAUUGUUCUUGGAUCCAUGGAAAACGAGUCUGACAAAGCCAAACUUCGUGACAUUCAUGCAACGUACUCCGAACGAAUACGACUUUUAUCAAAACUCAGUAAGCAGAGUGUCCCUGCCACGCCCCCUCGAGCUACCACGCCUCCACCACCAGCACAACUGCCACUACCAAGUGAGCCUGAGGUACAACCCGUGCCAACCAGUAGUACCGACGAAAACACCGUGCGAAUCGCAAAUGUUCAGGCCCCACCCACUCAUAUUGUCAUGAUGCCAUCCACCAGUACUCCAACACCGGGCAAACCGUCCACACGACGUAAAACCAAUCGACGAAGUGCCAGCUUUAGUGAAAUGACUAAUCAGCGAGUAUCUGUAUUCAACAUUCCUCCUCCUCCGCCGUUUCAACCGCCUCAACAAUUGAAAGAAACCAGCACGAAGAACCGUUCCCAACUGAGUCUGGAGAUACCGAAAGUGACCUCCCUACCACCAAAAAAGAAGUCUCCUAGCUUGCCUGUCCCACCACCGCCAGCUGACCCUCCGUUCUCAGCUGUCAAGGCUGUCGAUCUUACCCAAAAUACAGAAUCCUUGAGUGUUGUCACAGAUGAAUUAGAUGAUCCUGUUAAAACACUGGCCAGUGUAUUAUCGGAAAGUCCUACAGACGUUGAUCUUUCCAACCCUCCACCUCCUCCAUUCCAUUCGACUGUCAACAACAGAUCCGCACAACAUCUUAAACCUCCGCCACGAACUCACAGUAUCAUUGGUCACACUAUUCCUAGAGCUCGCAAAAGCUCUCUCCUUGCUACCAGCGUCUACCGUAGUGCAUCUCCCAGUCAAGAAGACCAUGAAACCAAUGCUAAUCAGGCAUUCGCUCGUUUGACCGGGCAGCGUGCUCCUGCCGAAGUAUUGCGCGUUGGCUCUGCGGAAGGCAGCGGUGAACGCUUUGACCGCAAUGCCACCAUCAAGGCGCUUUCAUUAAUGCGCUCGUUAGAACUAAGUAUGACCGUUGGCUGUCAUAUUACUCAGCGACUUUAUGUACCUAAGAAUCUAUGGUACCAACCUAAUAUUCGGUUACCGUCGGUAGAUGUCAAAGUUAGCAUAUGUGAAACUUUGUUAAUGGCUCUGACCCGCCUGGAAGCGUGGCAGCGACUCGACGAUAUAAGAGGCACAUUGGCGCAAUUAGCGGCCAUAGAGAAUACUUUGGAGAACGCCAAAGUAUCGUUAACUAGAAAGUUAGGCAUGCCUAGAUCACGAUCAGAACACAGCUUGCCCAAUGAAGAACCUGAAAUCUAUCGCAAGGAAACACAAGCUCGUAAGCACCAGUCGAUCAUUGCCUGGGGCUCAAAGUUUACAAAAUCAGUCGAACGGAUGAAUGCCUUCAACUUGACCAAAAGUACUGAUGACCCCCAUCAAUAUGUCGAUACGCUGGUUCGUUUGUUCCGAUCCGUGCAUGUGCUAGGUAAGCAUUACCAUCAUUUGACCUUCUGCACCUACACUGGAUUCUGACCGUUCUAUCCAGAUGCUUGGCUGCGUCACUACCACGCACUGUUAUUGGACCCUUAUCAACCUCAUGACAAGAAGCCACAGCUGGAUGCUGUGGUUCAGAAAAUCGGCUCCAUCUGCCUUGCCAUGCACACGACGGUGUGUAGCUUUGUCAUUCGGGAUUUGUCUAUCAUGCUGGGCAAGUGGGUCAAACGUGGUGGAGGUUGGGUUGGCGAGUAGAUGCAAAUCCAACGAAACUUUCUUUCGAAUUUAUAAUCUCUUGAUAUACCCCCCAAAUUAAUACAUUAUUCUUGUUUUUUUUUAUUUUCCCUACGUG